AUGGGGGGAGAGAAGAAGAAGGAUUCAUUGGAAGCUAAACUUAAAAGAAUUACGGAGAUGCAGAGAGAGAACUUUCCAGGGGACACAAGUUUGUCUCUUGAUAUAGACAUCGUGAGAUUCAUGUCAUAUGACUUUUCUGGAAACAUUGUCCUUUCUCACGGUGAUGAGGAUGGAUCGUUGACUUUAUUUGUUCGCUUUGCGCAGCUGCGUCUGCAGUUCCAAGUAGAGCAUCGCGCCAUAGAGGAAGCCGAAGACCACCGUGAGAAGCAGCAGCGUCUGGAAGAUCCGCUUCUGCUUUCGGGAGCACAUCCCGUUUCCCAUAGUCCCUCCUGUGCCCCGCGCUGCGGCGGCGGGAGCCGUCGUGUCCUCGGUCCUCCGCUGCGUCGGACAGCUCAGCAGCGGCCACCACGAGAAGUAGCUGGACACAGCAUGAGCAGAAGAAGCGAGACACAAAAGCCGGACCGGAGAGGAAGAGGCGGCCGCUCAGCCCCCGCGGGCGGCUGGGCGCCAGGUCAUCGACGCCACCCGGCCAGCAGCCACCAAACUUCUGUGAUGUCCGAUUUCUGCGAGUGGCUGGGCCCGUGUGGAGUCUCUUUGCAUACUUCAGAGCCCGCUGCCCUUGCUACUGGUCCCUGCGCGCAGCCGGCUUGGUUUUCCCUACUCCCCACUUUUUGGCCUCCCUGUCCCCACCGUCAGUCCCCGCCCCUCGCGCCGGCUCCCGCUGCUGGACUUUGUCGCUACCACUAGUAGGGGACGCGCGCCCAACAAAGGGACCUGGCUCCCGGCGGCGUCCCCUUGAACGGUCCCUUGGUAUUGAUGAAGAGAUGGGGACUGGUUGGUCUGGUCAGGUUAAGGGGGGGUGGGGGGGUGGGCUGGUGUCACUGAUCUGGAAGCUCCAGCCGCCCGCCACCUCCCACCCAACUUACGUGUCACCCACGGCCCCGCUAUCAUGGCCAACGGGAUUCCGGGAGGAAGUCCCACUCGGGCUCCCCGCUCAUUGGGCCCGCGCAAGCCACCGCUCCCUCCUUUCGGGGAGCUAAUGCUGGGCUCCAUUGGACGCCAGCUUUGUCCGUCCCGCCCCAGGCCGCGCCUUCCCUCUCAGCUCUGGGCAGGCUCUGAGCUCCGUGGGCCGCGCGGCCGCCUGGCGCCUGGGUGCGCCCACGUGGAGCCUGGAUGGGUGCGGAGGGGUGGAGGAGCCGGGUUGGGAGGGCUAGGGACUUGUCCUGGCCUGAGGCUUGGUGAUCAUUGCACACGUGUGUGCAUGUGUGUGCAUGUAUGUCCCAGCACUUGGAAUGCACGUGGAGCAAGAGUACAGUGCUUAUAUGCACUCCAACAACCGCAAAGCAACCGUGGAUGCACUCUGCUUAGCCCUGCUCAUUUCUUACCCUACAUAAUGAGUUCAGCUUAUGAACACUAUGUUCUUCUCACAUUCUCUCAAGGGCUGCCUACUGAGUCUUGUCCCAUUAGAGGCACUAGGCUAUGUGCAAAUAUGGUAGAAAGUAAGCUGGGACCUUGAAGCUCACUUGACUGUCUACGUGGGGUGGGGAAAGCACUUUGUUGGCAGAAGGAAAGAAAUGAUCUCAUGUUUCCUCUGGCUGCAAAUGGAAUAAUUUUAAAAAACAAAUCUUACAGGCUGAAAUGAGUAUGCAUUCAUUUUGCUAUGUGUAGUUCUCUUAAUGGUAGCAGAAAAAACAUCAGUUACAUUUUUAAAUUACAUUUUCAAGGCCAGCAAAACCCACUACGUUUAACAAAAAGUUAGACAGGCAUAAUAAUGCCAAUCCACUUCAAAGAAAUCCACAGUGCAUUUCUUUCUUCAAUAUAAUCAGGGUGUGUGUGGAAUUGAGGUUAUGCAUAAAUGAUAAAUUUGUUUCUCCUCUUGACCUGAAUUCUAAGAGAAAUAAAUUA